CAACUCCACUUUUCAGAGAAGCAUGGUGGAUGCUGGCAAACAGCUUAUCAACGAAGUUAUAUCAGAAAAGCUUGAUAUGGAGAAACUUGGUAUUGGACCUAAUUGUACCACAAUCACCGUAGCAGACUUAGGUUGUUCGAUUGGACCCAACACAUUCUAUGCAAUACAAAUUAUCAUAGAAGCUAUUAAAUUAAAGCAUAUAACCAAGUCGUCGGAGUCUUUAAACUUAGAAUUUCAAGUGUACUUCAAUGAUAAUAUUAGCAAUGACUUUAACAUGCUCUUCAGAUCUCUUCCACCCUCGCGUGAGUACUACGUAGUUGGUGUGCCCAACUCUUUUUAUGAGCGUUUAUUUCCCAAAUCAAGUAUUCAUCUUAUGUACUCAUCGGCUUCAUUACAUUGGCUUUCUGGAGUUCCAAAAGAAGUUAAAGAUCCAAACUCAUUAGCUUGGAAUGAGGAAAGAAUUUAUUGUGCCACAGAAGAAGUUACAAAAGCAUAUUCUUGUCAAUUUGAAAAAGAUAUGAAAAGUUUUCUAAGAACUAGAGCAGAAGAACUUGUUAGUGGUGGGUUGAUGAUGCUUUUUACGGUAGUUCGUCAAAAAGAUACCGCACACUCUCAAACAUCUUCAGGCAAAUUUUAUGACAUUUUAGGAUCUUGUCUUAUCAAAAUGGCUAAUAGGGGAUUAAUAAGUAAAGAGAAAGUGAAUUCUUUUAACUUGCCAAUAUAUAAUGCAUCAACCGAGGAAUUGAAGGAACUCAUUGACGAAGUCAAUUACUUUACGAUUGAGAGAAUGGAAGAGUAUUCUCUAGGCUCCAUAAAGAUGGCUCGCGAUACUCAAGUCGUAAUCUCACAUAUAAGAGCUGCUUUUGAAGGGCUAAUAAGAAAUCACUUUGGAGAUGAGGUUAUUGAAGAACUAUUUGAAGACUACACCAAAGCAUAUGCUGAAAAUCUCAAUACAUUUCAAGAAAGUAGUACCAAACAUAAUUCGACUUUUGCUAUUAUUCUAAAGCGCAUAUAA